UCUCUCUAUAUAUAUAUAUCCUUCUCUCUCACUAAAAAACAACGUCAACGGGAAUCAACCGACUAUUUUUCCGGCGAUCUUUCCGACUACCGGUGUCCCGAUUAUGACGAUCUCCGGCGACUGCGACAGUGCGGAUUUUUUAGAAAACGAUUACAUAAAGAGACACCAUAAGCAUGAGGUUAGAGCUGACCAGUGUACGUCAUCUCUUGUGAAGCGAAUCAAAGCACCUGUUCAUCUCGUAUGGUCCUUGGUGAGGAGGUUUGAUCAACCGCAAAAGUACAAACCCUUUGUAAGUGGGUGCAAUGUUCAAGGCGGUGACCUUGAAAUUGGAAGUGUUAGAGAAGUAAAUGUCCGAUCUGGACUUCCUGCUACCACUAGUACAGAAAGGUUGGAACUUCUCAAUGAAGAGGAACACAUCUUAGGCAUGAGAAUUGUUGGCGGUGAUCACAGGCUACAGAAUUACUCAUCAGUCAUUACCCUCCAUCCAGAGAUAAUUGAAGGGAGGCCAGGAACUUUGGUAAUUGAAUCAUUUGUGGUGGAUGUACCCGAUGGCAACACCAGGGAAGAAACAUGCUACUUUGUCGAGGCCUUUAUUAAGUGCAAUCUUAAGUCACUAGCCGAUAUCUCAGAGCGCUUAACUGUGCAAGACCGUACAGAUUCUAUUGCCCAAGUGUGAUUCCUUGAAUGAAUGAUUUGUUGUAGAGAUCACUUUUGGAAUCAACGAUGUCCCAUCAUUGUGCAUAUAGCAUUAGAGAACUUCCAUGUGUUUUGAGUUGCAUUUAUAAGAACAUUAUGUGUGAAGCAUAUUGUCCACCCCUUUGUCACGUUUUUGUAAUGUUAUUCGCAUUGAUUUUGUGUCUUUA